CAGCAAGUCUCUAACAUAUGGGCAUUAUCACAACUCUGAUUGUCCACAUCUCUAUGUGCUGGUAGAGGAAAAAUAAACCUCUUGUUUGAGCUGUGAUGAAUAAACCAUGUUCACUAGGAAAAAAUAGUCUUCCAUUACUACAUUUGGAGCUGGUGGUCCAAAUCUUUUACUGAGAAUGACAUUAGGAACAGAAAUUACUACCCAUCUCCAGGCCUCUUCAUAUGCAGCAUCAGACCGAAACUUUUUGAAAUGGGACCUGUCACCAGAGCAAAUCAGAAUAAGGACAGAAGAUCUGAUCAUGAAAACAAAGCAAGUGUAUGACAAUGUUGGAAUGCUUAAUUUUGAAAAAGUAACGUAUGAGAACACUAUGCAGGCUCUGGCCGACAUAGAAGUGGAGUAUACAAUGGAAAGAAGCAUGCUGGAUUUCCCGCAGCAUGUCUCAUCCAACAAAGAUGUACGCUCAGCAAGCACAGAAGCUGACAAAAGACUUUCUUAUUUUGAUGUGGAGAUGAGCAUGAGAGAAGAUGUGUUUCAGAGGAUUGUUUAUUUGCAGCAAACAUGUGAUCUUGGACAUCUGAAGCCUGAAGCUAAGCGAUACUUAGAGAAGUCAGUUAAAAUGGGGAAAAGGAAUGGACUUCAUCUUCCCAAAGAAGUACGGAAUGAAAUAAAGACCAUGAAGAAAAAAUCGAGUGAGCUGUGUAUAGACUUCAACAAAAACCUCAAUGAGGAAAACACAUUUCUCAUGUUUUCUAAGGAUGAACUUCAAGCCCUUCCUGAUGACUUUAUUAAUAGUUUAGAGAAGACUGAAAAGAACAAGUAUAAAGUUACCUUAAAGUAUCCCCACUAUUUUUCUGUCAUGAAAAAGUGCUGCAUUCCAGAAACAAGACGAAAAAUGGAAACUGCCUUUAACACAAGAUGCAAGGAGGAAAAUACUAAAAUUCUUCAGCAGUUGCUUCCCUUAAGGGCAAAAGUAGCAGAGCUUCUUGGGUACAAUACUCAUGCCAACUUUGUACUGGAGGUGAACACUGCAAAGAGCACGGAUAAUGUAACAACCUUUUUAGAUGAUUUAAGUAAGAAGCUAAAACCACUGGGUGACGAGGAGCGAGAGUUUAUUCUGGACUUGAAGAAAAAGGAGUGUGAAGAAAGAGGCUUUGACUAUGAUGGAAGAAUCAAUGCAUGGGAUUUACAUUAUUAUAUGAACAAGACAGAAGAGCUUAAAUAUUCCAUAGAUCAAGAGAAGCUGAAGGAAUACUUUCCAGUUGAGGCUGUUACACAAGGCUUAUUGAACAUUUACCAGGAGCUGCUGGGACUUGUAUUUGAGCAGGAAGAAAAUGCUCAUGUUUGGCAUGAGAGUGUUACUCUUUAUACAGUAAAAGACGAUUCAACAAGAGAAGUUUUAGGUCAGUUCUACUUAGACCUCUAUCCCAGAGAAGGGAAGUAUGGGCAUGCAGCGUGCUUUGGUCUCCAGCCUGGCUGCCUACGCUCUGAUGGCAGCAGAAUGAUGUCUGUAGCUGCUCUGGUGACCAACUUCACAAAACCAACAUCAGAUUGCCCAUCAUUGCUGCAACAUGAUGAGGUGAAGACUUACUUCCAUGAGUUUGGUCACGUAAUGCACCAGAUAUGUGCGCAGACCGAUUUUGCUCGAUUUAGUGGAACUAAUGUGGAAACAGACUUUGUAGAAGUUCCUUCACAAAUGUUUGAGAACUGGGUAUGGGAAAAAGAACCUCUACAGCAAAUGUCAAAACAUUAUAAAGAUGGGAGCCUUGUUGCAGAUGCUCUUCUUGAGAAACUUGCUGCCUCUAGAAUGGCCAAUACAGGUCUUUUGACUCUUCGUCAGAUUGUUUUGAGCAAGGUUGACCAGUCCAUUCAUACCAAAUCGUCUGCUGACCCUGCAGAUGAAUAUGCCAAGUACUGCAUGGAGAUUCUGGGAAUUUCUGCAACCCCAGGAACAAACAUGCCGGCUACUUUUGGACAUUUGGCAGGUGGAUAUGAUGGCCAAUACUAUGGCUAUUUGUGGAGUGAAGUUUUUUCCAUGGAUAUUUUUUAUAGCUGCUUUAAACAAGAAGGAAUAAUGAAUCCAAAGGCUGGAAUGAAAUACAGAAACCUUAUCCUGAAACCUGGAGGAUCUUUGGAUGGGAUGGAUAUACUCCAAAAUUUCUUACAGCGUAAACCAAAUCAGAAAGCUUUCCUAUCGAGUAAGGGACUGAAUACUCAAUGAAGCAACAGAUCCUUUGCAAUGGUACAUCAGCAAGGCAGAAGAUCCAGGACUGAGACUUGGGAGAGGUCUUUUGCUCCUGAGAGUGUUAUUGGAUGAGAGAUUUGCAUUGAUGACACCUUCAUCUUUUAUUUUUAUGUUAAACUAUCAUCAUGUACUGUAUAAUUUAAGAACUUCUCUCCUAAUUUUAGUUGUCUCUCCUGGGAAACAGGUGAAGAAGCUAAGAUCCUUGCAGUUCUAUCAUCUUCUAUUUUUUGUUGAUAUAAAGCUUUAUUCGAGGUCACCAUCCAUCUCCUUUUCAUUCUUUCAUACCACCACUAGCAGUCACUAGAAAGCAAUACUUGUACAAUUAUAAUAAUUUCAAUUGUUCUGUGAAGUCUUUCAUGCUAUGUAGAAAAAAACAAUUUAUGUCUCCAGUAAAUUUUAAUAGAUGGUGAAAAUAAAUCCAAGAAUGUUAUACACGUGCCCUGAAUCUUAUUAGUAAUUCUUUCCAAGGUGGCAACCUGGAGAUGUUCCAAGAAAAGUCACAUAAUUUAAUUAUUUUACAUGUUGAUGGAGAGUAUGACUGUAAAGCCAUGCAGUGGAUUGCAUUGCAGUUUCCUCCAAUAGAAAAUAACUACUUAUGCAAUUACCCAAAUAAAACCAUAGACGCAAGGCCCUUGUUCUUGGAAUAUAUAGAGACGUCACCCUUAAUUUCCAAACUGGGCAGUUCUGAGGCGUUACCACGCUACCAGGAAUCUUCUUGUUACUAACUUACAUUUUCACACAUUUGACCAUUUCUUUACCAGAACUGGAGAAUAAUGAAGCAGAAAAAUUUAUAUGAAGUUCCCCAUUUGGGGUUUAGCUGUUUGUGAAUUUUAAAACUUGAGAUGAGACAUGCUACUAAAUCCCAGCAGCUAUGGAUACGAAGAGACAGACAAAUGUACCCCAAAAAGGAAAGCCUUAUUACAUUUAAGCAACCCAUAUUGAGAUCUGAAUACAGAGUUAUAAGGAAUUUGAAUGAUGGUGUUUAGGAAGCAUCGAUAACCAUAGAAAUAGUAUUUGUCAAACAUAGAGUGUUUGCUUAUAACAGAUCAAAAGAUAUUAGUUCCCCCUUGCCCCAAAAAUAAAUCCAAAUUAUUUCACUUUGUCCAGGAACAAAUUCACUAUUUUAAAAUAUUGAGCAUACUACAGAGAUUCAUUGAUCAACCAAGAUUUGAAAGCUGUGACUACCAACGUAUUGGUUUUAAUGUGCCCUUUGGGAUUUAAGAAUAAUGCCAUCAUAUAUAUGCUGAUCAGGAGAAUAUCACAGACUUUUCCACAUUAAGGUGUCAGCUUCCACUGAUUAGUCUUCAAUAUGGCAAUUAUAUAGGCCAAACCUAGAAACUACCUGGCCUCAUUACAGUCAGUAACUAAUCUGUCAGACUUGAAUCAAACCUUUUGCUUUACCAUAAAUACUAAUAUGAACGUUCACAGCCAGUUAUAUUUAUGCCCCAGUUCUGUAACUAUAUGCACUACCACAGGCCCAUACAUGUGCAUGCAGUUCCAUAUGUGAGAAACAGCUGUAUAGUAAUUGAGGCAUCCUGAGGAUAUUAAUCCUUCACUGGAAAUUAAGGCAAGGCUGUUUUGUAAACCUUGAAUUUUGUCUGGAUUAAGGUCUGUUAAAUUCUAACUGGGUUUGGAAUGAAAUACUUUGCUUUUCUUCUUUUUAAACAAUUAUUUCUGUUAAGGUGGCAGUUAUCGCUAAAAUAUUUUUAAAAUAUGCACUGUAGAAUUUUAAAAUUCUUAUGAAUAGAAGAUACAAAAAAUAGCAGCUGAGCAAUGAUGCUUUUGUAAAAUGAAUACAUAAGUCUCUGAACAAUGGAAGAUUUAGCAAGAGACAAAAUGUAGUGUUCCUUUUCAGUCUGCUAGAGAGAUUACCACAUGGGGGAGACCACUCUCUGCAUAAAAUAGAGGUUUCAGCAUAAAGAAGUUUGUGAAUGCAAUGCUUCUAAACAAAAGUAUGCUUAUGAUUAUAUAGUUGGAGAGAUUUAAUCUGACUGUUAAAUAGUGAAACAAUCUGUUAACACAAUGUGCUAUUGAUGUAAAUAAUUUAACUGGCUUGCAGGCUUUUCUACUAUUCCCCAAAGUCUCCAUCAUAUACAGUUAAGAACAUAAGACUGGCCAUACUGGGUCAGACCAAUGGUCCAUAUAGACCGGUAUCCUCUCUUCCAACAAUGGCCAAUGCCAGUUGCUUCAGAGGGAAUGAACAGAACAGGCAAUCAUUGAGUGAUCCUUCCCCUGUUCUCCACUCCCAGCUUUUGCAAACAGAGGGUAGGGACACGCAGAGCAUGGUGUUGCAUCCCUGCUCAUCCUGGCUAAUAGCCAUUUGAUGGACAUAUCCUCCAUGAACUUAUCUAGUUCUUUUUUGAACCCUGUUACAAUUUUGGCCUUCACAACAUCCCCUGGCAAAGAGUUCCACAGGUUGUCUGAGCGUUCUGUGAAUAAGUACUUCCUUUUGUUUGUUUUAAACCUGCUGCCUAUUAAUUUCAUUGGGUGACCCCUAGUUCUUGCAUUAUGUGAAGGAAUAAAUAACACUUCCUUAUUUAUUUUCUCCACACCAAUCAACAUUUUAUAGACCUCUGUCAUAUGCCCUCUUAAGUCGUCUCUUUUCCAAGCUGAAAAGUCCCAGUCUUUUUCAUCUCUCCUCAGAUAGAAGCUGUUCCAUACCCCUAAUGAUUUUUGUUGCCCUUCUCUGUACCUUUUUCAAUUCCAAUAUAUCUUUUUUGAGAGAGAGCGACCAGAUCUGCAUGCAGUAUUCAAGAUGUGGUCGUACCAUGGAUUUAUAUGGAGGCAUUAUAUUUUCUGUUUUAUUUUCUAUCCCUUUCCUAAUGUUUCCUAACAUUCUGUUAGCUUUUUUGACUACCAUUGCACAUUGAGCGGAUAUUGUCAGAGAACUAUCCACAAUGACACCAAGAUCUCUUUCUUGAGUGGUACCAGUUAAGUUACAGUUAUCGUUUCAUAUGUAUCGUUGGGAAUAUGUUUUCCAACAUGCAUUACUUUGCAUUUAUCAACACUGAAUUUCAUCUGCCAUUUUGUUGCCCAGUCACCCAGUUUUGUGAGGUCCCUUUGUAACUCUUCACAGUUUGCUUUCGAUUUAACUAUCUUGAGUUCUUUUAUAUCAUCUGCAAAUUUUGCCACCUCACUGUUUACUUCUUUUCCCAGAUUGUUUAUGAAUAUGUUGAACAGCACUAGUCCCAAUACAGAUCCUUGGGGACACCACUAUUUAACUCUCUCCAUUCUGAAAACAGACCAUUUAUUCCUACCCUUUGUUUCCUAUCUUUUAACCAGCUACUGAUCCAUGAGAGGACCUUCUCUGUUAUCCCAUGAUUGCUUACUUUGCUUAAGAGCCUUUGGUGAGGGAUCUUGUCAAAGGCUUUCUGAAAGUCAAGUACACCAUAUCCACAGGAUCCCUCUUGUCAACAUGUUUGUUGACCCCCUCAAAGAAAUCUAAUAGAUUGGUGAGGAAUGAUUUCCCUGUACAAAAGUCAUGUUGACUCUUCCCUCAACAAAUAGUGUUCAUCUAUGUGUUUGAUAAUUCUGCUCAUUACUAUAGUUUCAACCAGUUUGCCCAGUACUGAAGUUAGGUUUACCAGUCUGUAAUUGCUGGGAUUGCCUCUGGAGCCUUUUUUAAGUGAUGUCACAUUAGCUAUCCUCCAGUCAUCUGGUACAGAAGCUGAUUUAAGUGGUAAGUUACAUACCACAGUUAGUAGUUUUUUCGUUUUAUGUCUGAGUUGCUUCAGAACCCUUUGGUGAAUACCAUCUUGUCCUGGUAACUUAUUAUAUCAGUUUGUUCCAAAACUUCCUCUAAUUACACCUCUCUCUGGGGUAGUUCCUUAGAUGUGUCAACAAAAAAAGAAUGGCUCAGGUGUGGGAAUCUCCCUCACAUCGUCUGCAGUGAAGAUGGAUUUAAAGAAUUAAUUUAGUUUCUCUGCAAUGGCCUUCUUUUCCUUGAGUGCUCCUUUAGCACCUGGAUUGUCCGGUGGCCCCGCUGAUUCUUUAGCAGGCUUCCUGCUUCUGAUGUACUUAAAAAAAAUUUUGCUGUUACUUCUUAAUAUACAAACUUGCAUGUCAAGAGUUAGGCACCUGAUAAAAGUGGUCUGAUUUUAGAGGUGUUAAGAACUUGCAAAUCCUACUGACCCCAUUUCAGAACAUCUAAAAAUCAGGACACUUGCUUAGGUACCAACUCUGAACACCCAUGUUUUAAAAUGUUGGCCGCCAUCGAAGCUUAAGCCUAUAAUACACAGCUACCUGAUGAAUUUGUACUUCCUCAACAAAGUGGUAUCAAUACCUCUUUUUGAAAUUUCUUUGAUAUCAUUCUCACCGAGUGCUCAUUUCUGGCAUGUGCCAAAAA